CCCCCCACCACACUCGAGCACACCCCGACGGGCGCUUCCAGCCCCGUGUGGCGGCCCGGGGCACCACAGCGGGCACGCCGUGAGACGCACAGCCCGCCCCGGCACCGGGACGGCCAUGACGGGGGCGGGCGGCGGCGGCGGCCGCUUCGCCUCUCCUCAGCCCCAGCGCAUGCGCCUUGCGCCUCCUGCAGGGCAGCCGCACGGAAGGGCGGCUUGGGCCGGCUCGGUUCCGUUCCCCUCGGUAAGGCCCGGCCCGGUUCGGUCCCCGCUGGGCUGCGCCCCGGGGAGAUGCGAGUCGCGGCGCUGCCUGGCGGCGGCGUGCGCCCCGGCUCCGAUGCAGAAGAUCAACAAGAACGCGGUGCUGGCGCUGCUCACCCUGAGCAGCCUGGUGUUCCUCCUCUUCCAGCUCUACUACUACAGGUCCUACCUGGCGCACAAGAAUGGAGCAUUUUUUUCAAAAGUCAGAGGAAGCCAAUCAGGCCAAGACAGCACUAGAUGGCAUGUGGUUAGGAAAUUCCUAUCCUUAAUAUCCAGUCACAAUAUACCAGUGUAUUUGAUUGAUCCUUUAAUUCUGGGACUUGUUGAUAAAGACAUUGAACAGAUCAGAAGUUCUUCUGAUGGCCCUAGUCCAGAAUGCAAGUACUUCUGUGUUCCAAGAGACUUCACAACGUUUGCACUACUGGACAAAACAUGGAAACAUGAAGGGGGACUUUUUAGAACUGCUGAGAAAAUGGGGUUCCAAUGGCUAAAAGUUCUAAACAAGGACCCCCGCUUGGAUGGUAUGGAUGACCUGUCCGGGACUGAAAUUCCUUUGCACUACAUUUUUAAACUGGCGUCUCAUGCGAUUCACCUGGUGGUCUUCUACGAGAGGAGCGGUAAUUACCUCUGGCAUGGCCCCCUGAGGCUCAAGCAGCAUAUGGACAGAAAGUUUGUGCCUUUCCGGAAACUCCACUUUGGUCGCUACCCUGGAGCGUAUGAAAAGCCUGAACUCUUGCUUGUUUCCAUUGAUGACUUAAAAAUUCAAAUUCCAAAAAAUCCGUCCAGUUUUCUAGAGGAGAUGACACACUCUAGAUUUCUUGAAUGUAGGUACAGAGAAGCUCGGGCUUUCUUUCAGCUGUAUCCUGAUGAUGCCUCUGUUGAUGCCGUGGAAUUUAGAAAAAGAGCAAAAUCCUUGCUCCAUCUGGCUGCUCUGACACUGAAUAACCUGGGAGUAAAGUUCUGGUUGAGCAGUGGAACUUGCCUAGGCUGGUACAGACAGUGCAAUGUCAUUCCUUACAGCAAAGAUGUGGAUUUGGGGAUCUUUAUAAGGGACUACAAAGCAGAUAUCAUUCCAGCCUUUCAGAAGGCAGGAUUACCACUGAAGCACAAAUUUGGCAAGGUGGAGGACAGUUUGGAACUCUCUUUCCAGGGAGAAGAUGAUGUGAAACUUGAUAUUUUUUUCUUCUAUGAAGAGGAUGACCACAUAUGGAAUGGAGGAACUCAGGCAAAAUCGGGCAAGAAAUUUAAGUAUCUCUUUCCAAAGUUUACUCUGUGCUGGACUGAAUUUGUAGAACUCAAGGUACACGUUCCCUGUGAAACCCUUCAGUAUGUUGAAGCCAACUACGGGCCAGACUGGAAGGUUCCUGUCAAGAUGUGGGACUGGAAGAGCUCACCAUCCAACGUGCAGUACAACGGUGUCUGGCCUGUCGAUGAGUGGGACGACGUCAUUCAGAUCUACUAAUCACCUGUCUGAUAUCCUUGAAACUGUCACUUUGUAAUUUCCUGUCUCCCAAGAGCAUCAAGAUCCGUUCCUUUUAUAACUUCUCAUCAGUUUCCCAAGGGGAUGUUUUCCAUUUUUUGCUUAACAGAUUUUUUCACGUUCAUCAUGAUUAAAGGCAGAAUGUGGGAACUGAAGAGAAGGGAAGCUGAAAGUAAAGAUGUACAAAAUGAUGUAAACAUAUGGGGCAGUUGACUAUUUAAAUAAAAACUGUAGGCAAGUAGCUUAGACUUUCCCAGGGAUCAUCAAAACCUUGGGGACUGUUCGUUUCUCAAGCUCAAGAGAAGGAGGGGAUGGAAAAAUCCUGGAGAAGUUCUUGUUGUUUUUGUUUGUUUGUUUUUCUGAGGUGCUCCUGUGAAAUUACAACUUUUAAACACCCUAUUUAUGAGUACCUUAAAUGCAUUUUAUUUGAGAGUCAUGUAUCCCUCUGAUGUGUAACAGGUUGCUCUUGGAGUGGAAUGUUUCAGUUCAGAACCUGUGUGACCUACCUGCUUCACAUUUGUGGGAUAAUGGUCUAAUAUUAAGUGAGUGGAUGAAGAAAUUGAAAGCCCUGUCCGCAUCAGAGAUCUUCCAGUAAUAGUUGAACUAACCACUGCAUGCAAUAACAAGAAAUGUUUUAAUGGCCGGGAAUGUUACCUGCUUUUGUUCUCUCUUUUUUUAUGAACAUGAGGGUGUAUGCUGCAGGGAGGUGCUUGCCUUGAAAAAACAGAUUACCUGGUUUAGAUAUCCAAAUUAGUGUUCUCUGUACAGGAGUUGAGCAGAUUUCAGAGGAUCAUAGCUAUCCUUGCUUUCUUACAAUUAGAUGGAAAUGAGGGUCUUGAUACUUUUCUGUUUAGCGUGGGCUCACAGAACUGAGAUCCCUGUGAAUCACAGCUCUUUUUUCUAAGUGUAAGCAGAAGUGUGUACAAACACCAACUGCUCCGUCAAAUUUGCAAUAGCAUGAUUGCAAGUGAAGUGUUAGCAUAACAUUAGGCUUUGGAUGGGAAGGGAGUGGAAGGCUGACAACUCUCUCCUCUUGUUUCUGGUUGUCUUUUUGGUCAAUGAAAUAAGCUCUCUUAUUCAGUAUUUUGGAGGGGGAUAAUAGCUUUCACAUGAAAUCAUGUGUCCAGGUUUGUUCCAGCCCUGCUGUGCAGGGAAGGCGAGACCAUUAGAGUUACCAGUGAGUUACGACUAACAGACCCGGGAAUACUUUUGAACUAGUGUCAAGGUACUGAAUAUUUCUCCUGUGUUCUUGCAACAAAUCUGUAUCCACUCUUUCCUUGCUAACAUAGAAGGGCUGUCUACGAGUUGCAGCUGUGCCACAUUUUUACUGGGGAGGUUGAGUGUGUGGUUUGCGUUCUGUUGAUGUGCAAUUUUCAGCUGCGUAUUCAAAUACACCCAGUUCUGAAGAGAUGAAAUAGCCACUGCCGUGCGGCUGUUUUACGGCUGUAUCAUUCCAGGUGCACUCUGGGUCUUCCCUGCUGUUCUCAUCCUGGAGUGUGCUGCACACAUUUCCCUGCCAGACCUCUGUGUUCCAGAGUUCUCCUGCCACUGAGACACUGGAGUAAAUUAUUCAGCUUCUGGCAAAACCCAUCGUGCUGGCUUGAAGUGGUACUGUAACUUUGCCUAAUUAAGAAGGAGAUAUGAAAUCCUGCUGUUGCCACUUACUUUCAAACAUAAACAUCGCAUCAUGAGGGAUAAUUUCUCAGGUAGAUUUUUUUUUGUAUUUCUUUCCUUAAAAUGGAAAAGGCCAAUGUCCUCAUGGUUUUAGUGCUCGGAACUCUGUUGUCAUGAACUUCUUUGUUUAAUAGUGUACAAUAAACCUGCAAGUUUUACAAAUGUGAGAGAUCUUUAAAAAUGAAAGGAAAGAUGCUAUCAGAAUACUACAGUCCUGUCAAAUUUUUGACUUUGUACGCGGAAAGAAUUUGUAAUGGAAAAAAUGCAUGUUCCUGAGAGAGAGGAUGUCUUAAAUAUUUGAUUAUGACUGCAUAUAAGUUAUUCAAGUUAAAAUAUUUUCUCUUCAGAUGAUACAAAGGAAUAUUUAACACUGAUUAAAGGAAUGAGGGUCUAGUUUGCUACUCAAGAUGUGGUCUCAUGCUUUGUUUUGUCAUCUUGGGCGGCGUUUAACACAUUCAUUGUAGUUACUACAAAAUAAUGCAGAGGCAGAAAUUUUGAACUGUUUCUUACACUGUUUAUUGGACAUCAAUCUUGAGCUUUUAUUUUUUAAUAAAUUUGAUGAGAUGUCAGCUA